GACAAAUAAUCACCGAAACUAACUUUACAAUAUGGCGUAUAUUUGUUGUUGUAUGGGUGGAAACGCAUGUAACAGAUGAGAUCGUUAAAGAUUUUAUUUAAAUGAAUAACAAGAACAUCUUUCUAUGUAUAUAUUGGCGGGAUGAAAUAUGGAAAGAUGGCGUCAAUGGCUCUCUUAUUUUGUUUGGUGUUCUCUCUGAUUUCUUCGUCUGAACCGGCCAACAAUCAGCUGAGCAUCCAUGACUCAGUGUUGUUUGUGUCUACUCUCAGUGGUUCUUUCUACACAGUGAGUCGCAGCUCUGGAAAGGUGGUGUGGUCCCUCAAAGAAGAUCCAGUGUUGCGUGUCCCUUUAGAUUUUGCAUCAGGACCCAGCUUUCUGCCUGACCCGAAAGACGGUAGUCUGUAUGCUAUAAGUUCGAACCAUGAACCCAUCAAGAAACUACCCUUCACCAUUCCUGAACUGGUCACAGCAGCUCCGUGUAAGAGCUCAGAAGGGAUUUUCUACACAGGGUCCAAGCGAGAUUUAUGGAUUGCCAUUGACCCGACCACUGGCACAAAGGUGCAGACACUGUCCUCAGAAGGUGCUCAGAAAGUCUGCCCUUCGUCCACAGAUAACCUCAUGUACAUAGGCCGGACAGAAUAUACCAUUAUGAUGUUCGAUGGAAAAACGGGUGUAAAAAGCUGGAAUGCAACAUACAUGGAUUACUCAUCACAUGUGGCACCAGAUGUCAAUGACUAUGAACUACGUCAUUUUGUAUCUAGCUCGACUGGAGUGGCUGUUACUCUAGAUAGUAUCACUGGUGACGUGAUGUGGCAGCGUGAGUUCGACUCCCCUGUGGUUGCUAUGUACCGCAUGCAUCAUGAGGGGCUCCAGCGUGUGCCAUUUGCCAGCUUUGCCGCCGAGACACUGGACCACCUGACUGGCCAGAUGGCCUCCACACACUGGCGAGACCGCUUCAUGGACCUUCACCUCCGACAAACAUUCUACCCCAAACUGUACAUCGGAGAGUCAAAGCAUGGUGCUUACGCCCUUAUCACGUUGGUAGAUGAAAACACUGCCACGAUCACGUCUCAGGUUCAGGGUCCUUUGCAAAUUGAGGGUCCAGAUAUGAAUGAGGAUGGGAGGAAGGAACCAGAUGGGAAAGUGUAUGAGACGACAUCACACCGUGAGCUGAUCAAAGCCACCACUAUCCGUAGAGGAGGUGCUGUGCUCAUGAUUGGUUUUCAUGAAAUGCCUGAGAAGUCUGCCUCACGCAUUGCAUCUGUGUAUCAGAUCUCGGAUAAGAGUGAAGAUCGUGUGAUCAAGGAUGGCGUUCAUCCCUCUCAGCGGAACGACACAAAGCCUCAGACCUGGCAGACUGUCGUACUGACCUAUGUCAAAGAGGAUUUCCGAUUUAUUGUCAGCGUCCUCCUUGCCUCCGUCAUCCUGUUCGCUGUGCUGUAUAUUUUCCCAAAGCGGACUGAAAACUCGAUGCGCAUUUUGUUGGCACAACAGAUGGAGGAACAGAGGCAGCAGCAGUCUACUCAAACGUCCACCUCAUCGAGUGUCCCACCUGUUGACAUCAAGCCCAGCAAAACUUUGCCAGAUGGUCAUGUUGAAAUUGGCAAGAUUAUUUUCAACCCUCGUGCUGUUCUGGGCCAUGGUUGUGAAGGGACUUUUGUCUACAGUGGCAAGUUUGACAAUCGUGACGUGGCUGUGAAGCGACUGCUGCCAGAAUGUUUCAGCUUUGCUGACCGGGAGGUGGAGCUGCUGAGAGAGUCUGAUCUGCACCCCAAUGUUAUUCGUUACUUCUGUAUGGAGUCCGACAGUCAGUUCCGCUACAUAGCGCUGGAGUUGUGUGCAGCCACUGUGCAGGACUACAUAGAAGGCCGCUAUACACCCCCACACCCUCUCCCAGCCCUUGACAUCCUGCAGCAGGCUAUGGCAGGCAUCGGUCACCUUCACACUUUGGAUAUAGUUCACCGAGAUGUGAAACCACACAAUGUCCUCAUCUCCCUCCCUGGGCCAAAGAACGAAAUUCGUGUCAUGAUCUCUGACUUUGGCCUGUGCAAGAAGCUGGCUGCAGGACGCUACUCCUUCUCCCGCCGCUCGGGGGCUGCUGGGACAGAGGGCUGGAUCGCUCCCGAGAUGCUGGAUCCCGCACAGAGAACGACGUGUGCUGUGGACAUGUUCUCUUCUGGCUGUGUCUUUUACUACGUGCUGACCUCGGGCAAACAUCCCUUUGGCGAGAGUUUGCGACGUCAGGCGAACAUCUUGUCUGGAGACUGCAGUCUACACCACUUGCCUGGAGAUGAGAACUAUGUCGCUCGACGUCUGGUGGAAAAAAUGGUAUCUCUAGACCCCGAGCAGCGGCCUCAGGCGGGAGUGGUGCUCAAACACCCACUGUUCUGGUCCAAGGAACGACAACUGGCUUUCUUCCAGGAUGUUAGUGACAGGAUUGAGAAAGAGGAGGACACUUGUGAAGUGGUGGAGAGGUUAGAACGCCAAGGCCUGGCUGUGGUGCGCUUUGACUGGAGGAAAAAUAUUUCCCCUGUCCUGCAAGAAGAUUUAAGGAAAUUCCGCACGUACAAGGGGACAUCCGUGAGAGAUCUACUCAGAGCUAUGAGAAAUAAGAAACACCACUAUCGCCAGCUGCCUGAGGCAGUCCAGCAGACUCUGGGUGCAGUGCCAGACGAGUUUGUGGACUACUUCACCUCCCGCUUCCCACAGCUACUUCUGCACACGUACAACGCCAUGGAGUGCUGCAAAUACGAACGCCUUAUUGCCCCAUAUUACUACUCUGAAGCGUCUUCUGCCAAAUGUAGCCCUUCACCUUCUCUUCCCACUGCGACCUCCGAGAAAAAUAGUGCUCCUCAGGCUCGAACUCAGAAAGACUGUGGUGACAGUGAUAUGGGUGAAGGUGAUCUCUCUCACAAGGUUGAGGCAUCAGGUUUAAUUGGUGAUGGAGUUGGUGAAUUUGGGAAUGACUUUGCUGUUCAAGAUCCGAUGAUGACUCAAAGAGGUGGCGAUGAAUUACUUGGCAAUAGGACUGUUUUGGCAUCUCAGCCUGGCCACGAUAUUGCUCAGGGUGUGGAUGAUGUAACAGCGAUGGGUGACUACCAUGAAUUAUUGCCUCAUGACCACAGGGUUACUGGUGGUGCAAACCAACAAGUCGAUUUUAAAGGUGCCAAUGACUCUAAAACUCCUCUUACGUCUCCUUCCCAAGAUAGAACUGGUCCUCAGCAACCUCUGUUUAAGCUCACUGGUGCAUGGGGAGACACUGUGGGUGCUGGUCUGCAACCUUCCAGCAGUCUCCAGCCAACAACGCCGCGACUGCUUUUCAGAGAAUCCUCAAACAGCCCCCCUGCCCCGAAACCAACUCCUAGAAAUUAUCAUCAUCAUCAGCAGCAGCAGCAUCGUCCUCAUCAUCAUCACCAUUCCCCUCCCCACGGUGGCCGCAGUGAGAGAGGAGACACCCCCCGCAAUUGGCGGGAUCCUCGGCCAGACUCGCCUCAGAGAUUUCCACUGUUCAGGAGUAAAAACAAUCGCAAUCAGAGGGGUCGGAGAGUGCCCAAAAGUCAGAGUACAACAUCUCAGGAUGAUCAAGGGCGCAACAGUGUGUCUGAAGCCAACUCAUAGUGGCUCACCAUGGGUUUUUUUAGGACUUUGUUCUCUGUGAAUGAGUAGAUGCCUCUUGUGAAAGUUGUGGAAGUGGUAUGAUCAGUCAAAAUGAAAGUUGUUGCACAGUGAGACUACUAAUAUAUAUAAUUUUUUAAAACCAUUUUUACAUGUUAUGAUCAGAGGCUGAUUGAAUUUUGCACUGUGUGAAUAAUUUCAAAUGUAAAAAUUAAUUAUAUUUUGAAUAUAUCAGUGUUGUUGGCCAGGUCAGGCCAAUCUACGCUGGAAAGUUCUGUCUCUCAGUACAGAUGAGGGCUUGUGACAGCAGUUGAAGAUCUGUCGGCUCUGGUCAUCCUGACCAUCUUGCACUGCUCAGCUGCAGCAAUUCUGUUGCCAUAUCAGAUCUGCGCGCCUUUGGAGAAAACCGAUCACCACCCUCUCUGUCUUAAGCAGUAGGCUCUCUUGUUGUGUGGCUGAUGUUAUAGGCCUUCAGGGAAGCAAAAUUUCUCUCCUAUUUGCUUGUUUUUAGAUUCAUGCUCUGCAACUGAGACUCCAGUUUGACUUGGUGCAAUACAAACACACUCUUUCAGAAAAACGAAGAUAAGUGCCUAUUUUGGAAUAGCAUUUAGUACAAUAUGUAUGAUUUGUCUCUAUUGUUCUUACUUGUGAAUGCUUUUCUAAUCUUUUCAUUUAUAAGGUCUUAAAAAAUGCAAAGCAUUGUUAUCGUUGACCUUUUUUGCCUGUUGCCAGUCAGUUCCUCAGAUUGGUAUGGGUGGGCCAUCGGUUCAGUUGGUUUCAUGCUGAGACAACAUGGUGUGGAUGGCCAUGGUUUGAAUCCAUAACUUGCCUUUAUAAGGCUCUCUACCCCGUUUUGCUUGUUGCUAUUGGAGAUCAUUGUUAUUUUCUGAGUUCUUUCUUUUUAAAUAACCCUACAGUGGGCAGGGUUCAGGUAGCUUGUGUGUACAAGAUGACAUCAUAGAAAUCAAAGUGUUCAACUUGUUUCACCUGCUGAAUGAAGGAUGGUGUGCAGCACCAAAAUCUCAAU